GCACAACUUGAAGGACUAUUUUAUAAGAUAGCAAUUACUGGAGCAUGGAAACCUGAUGCUCUAGGACAAUGGUAGACUAUGCAAGCCACAGACUACAAUCGUCAACACACCUACCCCUUUCCAGCUUGCGACUCUUGUCAUGCCCGGAAGGUUCGGUGCAAUCGAGGACUACCAUGUAGCAAUUGCCUUGAUCAGGGUCUUUCUUGCCAAAGACAACGAACUCGGCGACGCCUGCCAAAAAGAAUCCUGAAGCCUAAAGUUCAGACUACGAGUUCAGCGACGACCACCGUUCAGGCAGUCGCUCCUAGCAGAGUUGAGCCGGUCGCAUUGACUGAGACUGACAUUCCCAUUGAACGGUCUGGCUUACAGCAAGAAUCAAGGAUCCAUUCCAGAGAAAUCGAAACAAGCAACACACCUGUAAUCAGGUUAGAGGCAAAGCCUAGGAGCAGUGAUCAGCGAGUACCAGUUGGCUGUGACCUGGCUGCCUGGGUGCCACUAAAUAGAUCCAUCGAGACUCGCUUCAUGAUUCCAGGCCACAUGGGCCAUUUCGAGCACGGCUUGGUCUGCAAAGCGCAGGAGGUGUUACGUUCGGCUUUGGUUCGUGCAACUCAUGCCCCUCAAGGGUCAAGUUCACCCCUCCAGGACGAACAGGGUGUGCCUCCGGAAUUUCUGACAUGGAUGCUACAAGAUAUCGGCAGUACAAAGUUCGGAAUAUAUGUGUCGGAUUAUUUCAAACAUGUUUCCAAGACCACUUUGAAGCGCAUGUGUUUGAGGCUGUUGUCCAACCAUGUCUCGAAUGACGAGAGACAAAUUUUUAGCGUCUGCGUCCACGCCGCCGCUCACAAAUUCCUCAUGACCGUUCUCAUGAUUGGAGAGCAUGAUGACGAGCUCGCCGACCAUCUGCGAGUUCGGUCGGCUGAAUAUAAACGCGCCGCACAGGCAGCGUUAGAGCGCAUUCGACUCACAAUCACUCCUUCCAUCUCACUUCUUCAGGCCCUUCUUUGUGGGGUUUUCCUUCAUCAAGGCUCUGGCAAUACUCACUUUUGUUACGAAUUGACUCGGACUGCUUGUCGGAUAGCCACUGACCUAGGACUCGAUAAGGUGAGUCCUGACACGGAGCAGAAAUCCAGGACAGAGGAAGAAGUCUUCUGUGUUCUUUGGUGUUAUAUGCUAGAUAAGAAUUACGCGUGGAAAUUCGAACCUUCGCGAACGUUCUUCGAGAUCGAACCCGGGAUGCUUGACGACCAUGUUGAUGGCACAGCCGCCGAUCUUCUCGCAGUCUAUAUUGCCAUGGCCCGAGUACAGGAUGACACAUUAUCAUUACUUAAGAACAUCCUGUCGAACAGCUCACAUUCCGUCCAACUUCCUCAGCGCUGUUCCGUCGAAUCACUAUUGCAGAGAGUGGAUGAGAUUGAGCAACACAUUGAGCAGGUAUCUGCGUCCUCGACGCAAUGCUGGAAGGGCCUUGAUGCUGAGAACGAGAUUGCUGCCCUUCGCUUCGCUCACCACUCCAUCCGAACCACAAUUCUUUAUCUCUCUGAUCAAUUUCACGGCCGGGUAUUUGGGUCUGGAGACUUGCUUCUUCAAUCUGCGCGCCAGGAGCUAUCGUCAUUAUUAUCUAUAUGUCUAAUCAACGAGAAAGACCGUGCCGUCGGCUUCCUGCAUUGGACCUUAACCUUCUACCCCUUGACCGCGUGUUUUGUCUUGUUCUGCAACGCCGUGACGACGUCCAAUCUCGGGGACUUGAACCUUCUCAAGAUGGUAGCGACUUUUCUGUUGCCCAGUGUCUCGAGCAGUCAUCCUGUCACGGUUAUACAACAUCUCUUCGAGGAGUUCAUUGCACUCUCGCAGUCGCUUUUUUCAGGCACAGAGAGUCGCGGGGGCAUGGUAGACGAACUUGGGGACACCUCUACGCUUAUCGAAGUGCAGCCUUCGCAACCCCACAAUCAACCCUUUCCUACGGGCGACCCUAUCUCCACAGCUCAGAACCCUGGGACAACAGUUUGGGCCGACACAACGACCAGCCCUUUUCCGUCCGAUUUGUCUGAAUCAUGGACGCCACACGAGAGGAACAGUUACCCUGCAUUUGUAGACCCGUCGAUUGCAAUUCCCUUGGACUUCGAAUUCCCCGCUGAGUUCGCCGACUUCGUGCCCGUUACUUCGGCUCAAUGACUUUAAUAGCUAUCAAUACCCGUUAUACCCAAAUUGAAACCUUUGUAUAUAUAUGUUGUUUGGCAAGUGCUUGCUACAGCCGCA